GACUCCAAGCCGCCGGCGUCCGUGCUGUACGUGUCGUUCGGGUCGCAGAACACGAUCCCGGCGUCGCAGAUGGUGGAGCUGGCGCGGGGGCUGGAGGCCAGCGGGCGGCCAUUCAUCUGGGCGGUGCGGCCGCCGGUGGAGUUCGACGGGACGGGGGAGUUCCGCGGCGAGUGGCUCCCCAACGGCUUCGAGGACCGCGUCGCGGCGGCGGCGCAGGGCGUGGUGGUGCGGCGGUGGGCGCCGCAGGUGGGCAUCCUGGCGCACGCGUCCACGGGCGCGUUCCUGAGCCACUGCGGGUGGAACUCGGUGCUGGAGAGCCUGUGGCACGGCGUGCCGGUGGUGGGCUGGCCGCUCCUCGCCGACCAGGUGUUCGACUCCCGCAUGCUGGAGGAGCUCGGAGUCGGCAUGGAGGUGGCGUCCGGGAGGAUGUUCGGCGGGCUGGGCAAGGGGUGGGAGCACGUGAGGGACGUGGUGGAGACGGUGCUCGGGGACGGCGAGAAGGCGCGGGGCAUGCGGCGGAAGGCCGCGGAGCUGAAGGGGUUGGCGCGCGCGGCUGUAACUCUAAGUGUCCGAGCCGACGGCGAGGUGAAGGGCUCGUCCGUGCUCGCCAUGGAGCGCCUCCUCGAUGGCGCCUUUGGUUGACCACGGCAAAUUCUCCUUAACUGUGAUAUAUAAGCUAAGCGGCUUCCUUUACUAUUUUUGUUGCCAAAAUUGCUUUGAUCUUUCAUUUUAGUGGUAAGGACCAUAAUACGCGCUUUUUAUCUGUGAGAAAAUAAUUUCUCCAUUUUUCAUCAUGCCUAAGAUAAAUUGAUGCAGUCCCAACGCUUUUUUUU